AUGUCUUCUACAACUGUCUGGAGCAUGAGAGAACGUUCUCCUUCUUCCUAUUCACUAAAGAUCCAAAACUUCUCCCAACUUGAGAAAUCAACUCUUUCCUCUGAUGGCAAAUAUCAAUCCCGUAUCUUCUCCUCUGGUGGCUACGACUGGAAACUGAUAUUGUAUCCGAAAGGGAACGAUAAUGACAACGAAAGUGACUUUAUUUCAAUGUAUUUGAAAUUAGAUAGCUCUAGCUUGUCCUCCAAACCAUCAACUGAGGUGUUCGCGGAUUUUCGGUUUUUCGUCUUUAACAAAAAAUCAAACAAGUACCUUUACCAUUCAAGGUACGUAUAUAUAUAUGUAGAAUCGAAGCCGUUCAAUAGUUUAAGAUCUACGUGGGGAUUGCCGCAAGUGCUUCCGCUUAAUAUAUUCAAAGACCCUGAAAAUGGAUUUGUCAGUACUCAAGAUCAAUGCGAGUUUGGUGUUGAUGUCAUUGUUGCUCCACCCCCUACUAAUUGGGAAAUCAUCUCUUUUAAUGACAAACUCCCUUAUCCCAAAUUCUCUUGGAGAGUUAAGAAUUUCUCUGAGCUGAAAGAGCAUUGUCACAGGUCACGCAAAUUUACAGUUGAGGGAAGAGAAUGGAUUCUAGAGUUGUAUCCCAAUGCCAACUUAACACGGGACCGAGCCAAAUGGAUCUCCAUUUUUCUGACUCUCGAAGAGAGUGAAGGACUUGACCAAGAUGAAAAGAUUUUCAAGCAAGCUAAUAUUCGAGUGCUAGACCCACGUGGAUCCAACCAUUUGUCAUGUUCAUGUAAGAGGUGGCACGACAAAUUAUCUCCAAGUUGGGGGUUCGCUCAAUUUGUGUCUAUGGAUGAUCUUAAGAAGAUUUACUUGGACGUGGAAGAUCUGAUCGGUCUUGUCCUAAUCUUUUUGAGUCUUCUCGCAUUAAUCUUCAUCUUGUUAUGCCCUAAACUCUCUUCUGCUGGAGUCUCUGGUAUCAGUGGAUUCUGGUUGUUUCUGUCGGAUCGCUUCAUGUUUCUAUUGGCGUUAGCAAGCUUUGAGUACAUGUUCCUUUGGCCUCUCACUGUUUUGAUCUUCAUCGCAAACCACUCAGUUUACAUCAUCGAGUACCUUGUUAGAUAUUCUAAACCUCACAACGAUGAGACUUCGAUAUCAACAGAAUCUAGAGGGAUUGAUGAUGACACAGUUGAUGUAAGAGAUGCGAGCGAAGAAUUGCAGAAGAUGAGACAUAUAUUGAAAGAGUUAAGAGAAGAUGAAAAGAAGAUGGAUACAGAAAUGGAGUUUAUGGAGCAUAUUAUCAACUCAGGUCUUGAAACUCAUAGAAAAAACUAA